UUAUCGCCCAGCGUCGUCUCCCUUUCUUAAAACACACUCUCAACACUCUCCGCCUUCCUCUCAACCUUAUCUGUUGCAAAGAGCGCAACCGAAAAACCAUGUCUACCACAGCGUCUUCUCUAGCCCUCCCGUCGCUCACCCACAAAACCGUUUUCCUCUGCAAUCCCAAACCCACUUCGCUUUCUCUCUUCUCGCUCUCCCUUUCUCCUCUCAGGCUUCACUGCAAGCCCAUUUCCGUUUCUGCUUCGUUUCUUCACUCUGCGCCGGCCCUGUCCUCUCGGUUCGUCCGGAACGUUUCCGUUUCGUCUGAGUACGACCAAGAAGAGGAGCUCUUGAGCGAUAGAGACCAAGUCAGAUUCUCUCCUGACCUUAAACUCUUUGUGGGUAAUCUUCCUUUCAAUGUGGACAGUGCUCAGCUCGCCGGGUUGUUCGAAAGCGCUGGAAAUGUCGAAAUGGUCGAGGUGAUUUAUGACAAGACGACUGGAAGAAGCAGAGGAUUUGGAUUUGUUACCAUGUCUACGGCUGAGGAGGGUGAAGCUGCUGCUCAACAGUUCAAUGGCUAUGAACUUGAGGGAAGGUCAUUGAGGGUAAAUUCUGGGCCUCCUCCACCUAGAAGGGAGGAAUCCUCCUUUAGAAGUCCUAGAGGUGGGGGAGGUUCUUCCAACCGUGUUCAUGUGGGCAACCUCGCAUGGGGUGUUGAUGAUUUGGCACUUGAGAAUUUGUUUAGUGAGCAAGGAAAGGUUGUGGAAGCGAGGGUGGUUUAUGAUAGGGAGAGUGGUAGGUCAAGAGGUUUUGGUUUUGUAACCUACAAUUCUGCUGAAGAGGUCAACAAUGCUAUUGAAUCCUUGGAUGGUGUCGACUUGAAUGGCAGAGCUCUACGAGUCAGUGCAGCGGAAGCCAGGGAAUCUAGGCCAAGACGUCAAUUUUGAGUUUUGGAUGUCCUUGACCAACAAAAGACAAUUGGGGACCUUGGAGCUGAACAAGCUGGAACUUGUUGCUGUCCAUGAAGAAUUUUCAAAAAACUAGAGUUUGCACUACUACUGUAUUUCUGGGCCUAGAGACGGACAGGAGGAGCUGCUGAUAAAUGCAUUCUGAAAGAUUAUUAGUUGUGUAUGUUUUGAAUACCAUAAUCCAGAUUCGAAACUGAUGUGUUACCCAUCUUUUGGUAGAUCUAGUGCAUGAGUAAUUUAAUUGUUUUUUUCUUCUA